AUAAAAAAAUAAUAAAAAAAAGAACAAACAAUAAAUUUGUUAAUUAAUAUUACUAUAUAAAGGUAAUAACUGUGCUCAAUGAUUAAUAAAAUGCAUUAAUAAAGGGCUAGUUUGUAAGAACUAGAUACAGAUGAUUAUUUUGACAAUGAUGGAUAAUAUGUUAUUUAGCAUAAUAAAAAAAAUAUUUUAUAGCCAAUCAAUUUAAAUGCUACUAAUAAGAGAGAAAAUACUUAAGUGACUCAAUCCACUGCUAUCAGUCACCACUUAAUGUAAGGAUGCGGUGUAGGAAAUAAAUUUUAGACUCAGCAAAGUAUAAGCAACUAGUCAAUCGCAAAUAAUUUCAUAGAUAAUUCCAUAUAAUCUAAAAAUAUAAAAGACGAUUAGUCUGAAACUCUCUACUUAACUACAUAGUAGUCUCCUAAAUCCACUAAAAACUAUUCUUCUUCUGAUCAGCAGCAAUUCAGCAGCAUGUCAUAAUUCUAAUAUAUUUGCUAAAAAUUCUAAUUAAAAAUGGAAGAUAUCAUGUAGAUUAUGAAAGGAUUUUAAGAUAAAGAAUCUAAAUAGAUGGAAGAAUCUUGCAAAGAACAGGUUAUACAUUAGAAUCAUACCCCAAAAGAGAAUUCUCUGCAAGGAGGAAUUAAUAAAAGCUAAAUCCAUUCUUAACUUUUUAAUUAGUUGCUUGUCCCUUAGUAAAAUGAAAUGAAUUUAAGAUUUUAAAGCGAAGUUUCAUAAGUCUAAUCGUUGAAUGAAAAUGGAGAAUAAGAAGAAUAGCAAUUUUCUGAGCAAGCUCCAAGUUAUAAUGUCAAUUUAAAUGUAAAUUCUAAUGAAGGAAUUUAGAGUAAUUAUCACGAUAGUAAAUAGUCAUCAUAAGACAUGCCUUUGUAAUAUAAUCCUUAUAUUUUUAAAACCAAGAAUGCUAAUGAUGUAAUCAAACAAUCCGUUUAGCAAAACUAAAGAGAUCUUUAAAUGCAAAAUUAUAAAUAGGAAUUAUAAAAAAGCUAAUAAUUUGCAAACAACUCAUAAAAUACAGACACUAGUAGCAUCAGUAGUCGUUAGAAUAGCUACUAAUUAUAAAAUUAAAUAAACUAAAUCAAUUCAGGCUAUAUGCAAAAAGUAGAUAAUUAAAAUAAUAGUCAAUAGAUUUCAUUAAAAAAUGAAGUAAAGUAGCAGCAGCAUUCGCAGUAGUCAAAUGCCUAUAGUAGUUUCAAUAACAAAAAUACUAGCUUUAGUUCAAAGGUGAAUGAAAAUAAUUAAAAGUCUGAUUAGUAUUAUGAAACUUCAUUAGAGAACUAAUCAGAAUAAUAAUUAUAAUAGUAAUAAGAAAAAGAAUAUAAUUAUAAGUAAUCUGUUUACUCAGAUCAGAGUGGAGAAAAUGACUCUCACUUAGAGGUAAGAUUUUCAAACAGUGAUAUCAAAAAUCUACCAGAAAUCCCCUCGAACAUGAGAUUACUCGAAAACGAUGCAGAGGAUUUCAGCUGCCCAAUGUAGUUUAUCAAAGGUGGAUUUAUAGUAUACAGCAUAAAUAAUGGCAUUAAGAAUUUUAAAGUGGAAGAAGAUAAUUAUAAUAAGUAAAAAGAUUAAUUGAUUGCUACAGAAAUCAACCUCUUUACUUCUUAAUCAGAACAAUAAAAUUAUAAUUAAGAUUUUGAAAAUAAUUAGAAUUAAAAUAAAUAAAUAAGUUAAGGCAGAUAAUAAAAUGAUUUUAAUAAUUGCAAAAUAUAAUUUGACAAUGAAAAAAGAAAUUAAAAUAAUUAAGUAUAAAAUAAUAAUUUAAAUUCUGAAUAUUUAAAUUAAUCAGAUCAAAAAAUUGAUACCUAAAGGAGUAAUUAAGUAAAUAUGUAAACAGAAGAAAUAUCGUUUACAAACUAAACUUUUGAAAACAGAAUUAGUAGAAGAUUUUCAGAGAAGAAUUAUUUAUCUAACGAAUAUAUUCAAAAUAAUAAUAAGAAUUCAUUUUCAAGUAGUAUUCAACCAUAGUAUACCCAAGAAAGGUCAGAUGAAGAAGAGCAAGAUUACUAAUAACAGAUUGAAGAUAAUGAUUAUGCAGAACUUGAGCGCUUAAGAUAGCUUGCAAAUGGUAAUUCUCAAAUUAGAAUAUUUACAAACAGAUAGUCUUAGUAUCAAAAGUAGCUUAGCCAAUAAGAUAGCAAAAUGUAAGAAGCAAAUUCCAAUAAUUCUUCUUAGUAGUAAAAUGGUAUGUCAAUUAAAGAAAUGAAAAUGAGUAAACAAUAUCAAGACCCCUUACACUAGAUUGGAUAAGUUAACUACCCAAGUUUCAAUAAUAGCAAUUAGAUAUUUGGUUAUUAAACUGAAGAAAAACCUGAUUAACCCGCUUUAUAACAGCAAGCAGAGAAUUAUUUAGAAGAAUAUUAAAGUGAAUAAAAUUACUUCAACUAAAAUCAAUAGAUCUAACAAUAGUAAAAUUAAAUACUAUUUAAUGAUAAUUAGCAGCAAAACAGAAACACUUUUUGCAAUAAUAGUGCUUAGCAAACAAAUUAAAACAGUCUUUAACAAAGCCUUAAAUCUCAUAAAAAUAGUUAGCAAUAAUUUGGCUUAGAAAGUUUUGGAGAAAUAUCUUAUCCAUAACCAUAAUAGGAGAAAUCAAAUUAAUAUGGUCUACCUAACUUUUAAAAAGAAGAAUCAUUUAACGAUUAGUUUUCGCAGACUUUCUCUCAAUAAAACCCCUCUUAGAAUUUUGAUUCACUAAAUUUAAAUGGAGUAUAUCAAAACUAAGAAAUAGGAAAUGCAAGAGAUAGUAAUUAUAAAUAGGAGGGAUAAUCGCAUAGCUACUACUAGAAUUCCACUUCUAUAGAUUAAUCUUAAUAAGGAAAUUCAUAAAAUGGCCAUUAUUAUAAUCAAAGCAAUAAUUCUUAUUAAAACUAUGUGGCAUAAAUGAUAGAUAGAUAUGAAGAGGAAAUCAAAAGGCUUUAAGAAUAAAAUUAAAAACAGAAUUUAGAAAUAGGAGAAUUAAAUGGAAAAAUACAUGGAAUUUAGGAAACAAAGAAGGAUUUUGAAUUAGUUAUAUAAAGUUUAAAAUAAAAUCUCUAAUGUGUAACUGAUUUACUUAAAAAGAAGGAAGAAGAUUACAACAAGCUAUUUGAUAAAUAUAAUACACUGGUUGAACAAAUAUAAAGAUCAGAAUCGAAAAACAAAUAUAGAAGAGAAAUUUCUCCUAAUAAAGAAUAUAAUGUUUAAGAUUCUAUAGAUCGUCACACUAUUAGACAGUAUGAUUUAAGAAGUUCUAGUAGUAAAGAGAAUAGAAACAGUCAAGAAAAAAUAAUCAGAUCUACUGAAAGCCCUAAUAAUAUUCUUUCUCAAAGAGAUAAUAAUUGCAUGAUACCUUUAAUGGAAAAAUAAACCUCAAGGAAGAAUUUAAAUUAUGAAAAUUCUUAAUUUAGCUAAUUUAAGCCUCCUAUGAUAAAAAAUCCAAAGAAGAUCAUAAAUUAUGACGAAAACAAUCGUAAAACUCUGAAAAGAGAAUUCAGUGAAAAUCAGCUUGGAUAGAGGUAAUUUUAGUAAAUACAAGUUGUAUAAAAAAUAGUCUAAAACAGCUUGUAAAACGAGUUAAAACAAGAUAAGGAAAACGUUCAAAAGUUUACAAAGAAGACAAGUCUUUCUCCUAACCAACAAGAUUCAAGGAAUAAUACAAAUAGAAGUAAAUCGCCCUCAUACGGACUAAAUAGUGCAAGAAUAAAUGAUGAAAAUCAAAGAUAUCAAGAGUCUUAAAAGAUAAGCACAAAGAGAGAAAAUUUAUCUGGGACAAGAAUAUAAGAUUGCUUUUUAAGCAGUGCUAAAAUGGUAAGUAAUUCUCAAAACAGAUACUCAGAUUAGUUUAAAAAGCAGAAAUCUAACUCUUAUUUACAAACCAAUAAUUUUGUUUAGCAGGAUAAAUAAGUAUUAGACGAGCUGAGAAACUAUUGCUUUAGAAAGAAGUAAUGA